AUGUGCCAAGUGGGCACGAAGGAUUGGGUUUUCACCGAUUCACAGAGCUGCUUUUUGGACCGGGACCUGCGGCUUCAGAAGUGUCUCUGCCCUAUUUCCACCUGCGAUGUCACGCCGCUGGGCAACGCGUGUCGGUUUACGUCGUUUUUCCUUGUGUUUUGUGGAUUUCUGUUUGCCAUUUGGCUGCUUGGAGUAGCGGCGUACGUUUACGUUUCGGGUCUUAUUUGGGAGCGUCAUAAGCCUCUCCUACCGGAAAGGACUCACUUCAUGCGUGGUGGCUACUACUUUGAGAAAAUGUUUGGUGGAGAUAAAAGGAAUGCGGGUGUGCCAAUUGACGACUCUCCAAAAUAA